ACCAUGGCGGGAGAGCGGGACCGUGAGCGGGAGCUGCGCUUCUACCGACGGCUGCCCAAAGCGGAACUCCAUGCUCAUUUGAAUGGCUGUAUCAGUUCUGCUACUAUGAAGAAACUCAUGGCCCAGAAGCCAAACCUUCAUAUCCAGAAUGGAAUGACUGUGAUUGAAAAAGGAAAGAAAAGAACCUUAGAUGAAUGUUUUCAGAUGUUUCAGAUCAUCUAUCAGGUUACCACAAGGACUGAAGAUAUUUUACUGAUAACUAAAGAUGUCAUUAAGGAAUUUGCUGAUGAUGGUGUCAAGUAUCUAGAAUUGAGAAGCACUCCAAGAGAAGAAAAUUCCACAGGUAUGACCAAAAGGAUGUAUGUUGAAACUGUACUUGAGGGUAUAAAGCAGUGUCAAGAAGAAGGCUUGGAUAUAGAUGUAAGGCUGUUAAUAGCAAUAAACAGAAGAGAUGGCCCAGAAGUUGCUAAGCAGACUGUUAAACUUGCUGAAGAGUUCCUGCUUUCUAGUGAUGGGGUUGUAGUAGGACUUGACCUCAGUGGUGAUCCCACUGCAGGACAUGGUCGAGAUUUUUUGGAACCGCUCUCAGAAGCUAAAAAAGCAGGUCUAAAGCUGGCACUGCAUCUUUCUGAGAUUCCAAAUCAAGAAGAGGAGACCAAGAUUCUCCUGGGCCUGCCUCCUGACAGAAUUGGACAUGGAACAUUUCUCAAUUCUACAGCAGCAGGUUCUGAAGAGAUAGUGUCACUGGUUCAGCAGAAUCAUAUACCUAUUGAAUUUUGCAUGACAUCAAACAUAAAAUCUCAGACAGUGCCUUCCUAUGACAAACACCAUUUUGGAUACUGGUACAACAGGGGCCAUCCUGCAGUGCUUUGUACUGAUGAUAAAGGCGUCUUUGCAACUGAUCUAUCCCAAGAAUAUGAGCUGGUUGCAAAAACAUUUAAUCUGACUCAAUCACAGAUGUGGGAUCUUUCCUACGAAUCAAUCAACUAUAUUUUUGCUUCAAAUGCAGUAAAAUCCAAGCUAAGGGAACAAUGGUGUAAGCUGAAGCCAGCUCUGUUUGAUUAAUCGAACUGUUGUCCUAAAUAGCUCUGUUGUAUUAGCUGAGUUAAUAAGAUUUUUUAAAUUAAGUCCCUGGCUUUUUUCAGACCUCAGGGUCUUAAACCCAUCUAUAAACUGCCUGUGCAAGAUUAAGGCAACUGGAAGGCAUCCCUUGUUACUGGGGACAGAAGUAAAUGUUCUUUUGGUAGUUGGGAAGGGCUCUCAACUAGUGACUAGAAUGCCAAAUAUGUUGUCACCUUGUUUCUCUUGAGCUAAUAUGACAUUUAAAAAAAUACUUAGUUGAAAUAUGUCAUCAUAAUACAAACAUUUGAGAGCUGGAACAAAAUGAAGGCAGAGCUAUUGUUGUUUAAAACAUCUCUGUUGUCAGCAGUCUGCCAAGCAGUUUGAAUGUGUGGUGUGUAUUUUUGGGGUUUGUAUUAUUUUCAGAUUUUGAGCUGUUGAUUGAAUGUGAAGACAGAAACAAACUCAGGGAGAACAAAAUAUUUAUCCCAAGGAAUUAAUAUUGUAUCUGGCUUUAUUGCUGUACAUGUAUGAUUGAAGCUGUGUGGAUUGAGUAGCAUGUGGGGAUCUCUGCUAGUGCACUGGGCACUGGUGCUGUGUAGGCACUUAAAAAUCUUGAAUGCCUUCAGUAACUGAGCUAAUUGGCAAAGUGGUCUCAUUCUUAAAAUGCUUUUUAGAAUUGCUGUUUGUUGUGUAAAAAAAAGCAAUAAAAAUAGCCUCAAGCUCCAUGUUUUUGAAACCACC